GGCCCCACAGCAGCAGUGUCCCUCCCCUCCCCCCACCCCUCUCAGUGGGGGCCCCUCCAGUCCCUGAGAACUGGUACUAUGAAAAGGUGAACUCCCCAGCAGAAUCUUGCCUGGAGCCUGAGGAGUCCAGCCAGGCCCCUGCUGAAGGGCCCCAGACCACCGGCCACCUCUCCACCGUCCUCUGACCAGCUGGGCCCCUGAGCCCACCUGGCCUCCACGUCCCCUCUCCUCUCACCCACACCCCUGGCCAUGGCUAACUACUACGAAGUGCUGGGUGUGCAGGCCAGCGCUUCCCCGGAGGACAUCAAGAAAGCCUACCGCAAGCUGGCCCUUCGCUGGCACCCCGACAAGAACCCCGAUAACAAGGAGGAAGCUGAGAAGAAGUUCAAGCAGGUGUCUGAGGCCUACGAGGUCCUGUCCGACUCCAAGAAGCGCUCCCUGUAUGACCGCGCGGGCUGUGACAGCUGGCGGGCUGGCGGCGGGGCCAGCACGCCCUACAGCAGCCCCUUCGACACCGGCUACACCUUCCGUAACCCUGAGGACAUCUUCCGGGAGUUUUUCGGUGGCCUAGACCCCUUCUCCUUUGAGUUCUGGGACAGCCCAUUCAACAGUGACCGUGGUGGCCGGGGCCAUGGCCUGCGGGGGGCCUUCUCGGCGGGCUUUGGAGAGUUCCCAGCCUUCAUGGAGGCCUUCUCAUCCUUCAACACGCUGGGCCGCAGCGGGGGCAGCCACACCACCUUCUCAUCCACUUCCUUCGGGGGCUCCGGCUCUGGCAGCUCGGGGUUCAAGUCGGUGAUGUCGUCCACCGAGAUGAUCAAUGGCCACAAGGUCACCACCAAGCGCAUCGUGGAGAAUGGGCAGGAGCGUGUGGAGGUGGAGGAAGAUGGGCAGCUCAAGUCGGUGACUGUGAAUGGCAAGGAGCAGCUCAAAUGGAUGGAUGGCAAGUAGGCGCCGGCCACCUGGCUCUGCCUUCCUUCUGUCACCACCGUGAAUGGGGCAGCAAACACAUGGGGCUGCAGACAUAGCCCGAUGGUUAAUAAAUGUGCCAAGUGAGUUUAUG